GGAGCCGGAGCGAGGGGGGAGCUGCAGGGACUGGAUCUUGGGGAGGCGGAAUUUUAAUGUUGUUUUCUUUUUGUUUAAUGUUAUGGCUUUUAACCCGCAAAUACGUCUGUGAACAAUAAAAUCCUGCCAAACACGGUGACCCCACACGCACACCCCAGGCGGGAGGCAGAGGGGCGGGGGAUGGCGAGCCUGUGAGAAAAUGGAGGGACCCUCCGGCUCUGCAGAGGAAGGGGAGCUGCCCCUCCUCACUGUCAAGCACGAGCUGAAGAACGCAAAUUUGACAGGCCAUGCAGAGAAGGUGGGCAUUGAAAACUUCGAACUUUUGAAAGUUCUUGGAACAGGAGCUUAUGGAAAAGUAUUUCUAGUGAGGAAAAUAAGUGGCCAUGAUAAUGGAAAGCUGUAUGCUAUGAAAGUAUUGAAAAAAGCAACAAUAAUUCAAAAAGCCAAGACAGCAGAACACACAAGGACGGAACGACAAGUACUGGAACAUAUUAGGCAAUCACCAUUUUUGGUCACAUUGCACUAUGCUUUCCAGACAGACACAAGACUUCAUCUCAUUUUAGAUUAUAUAAAUGGAGGAGAACUUUUUACUCACCUUUCUCAAAGAGAGAGAUUUACGGAAAAUGAGGUGCAGAUAUACAUUGGAGAAAUUGUACUGGCUCUUGAACACCUGCACAAGUUGGGGAUUAUAUAUCGAGAUAUAAAACUUGAGAAUAUUCUACUUGAUUCUAAUGGCCACGUUGUGCUGACAGACUUUGGUCUGAGUAAGGAGUUUCUUACAGAUGAAAAUGAGAGAGCAUAUUCCUUUUGUGGAACUAUAGAAUACAUGGCUCCAGAUAUUGUCAGAGGAGGAGACACCGGACAUGACAAGGCUGUUGAUUGGUGGAGUCUUGGUGUUCUUAUGUAUGAGUUAUUAACUGGAGCAUCACCUUUUACAGUUGAUGGAGAGAAAAAUUCCCAGGCUGAGAUUUCUAGGAGAAUAUUAAAAAGUGAACCUCCGUAUCCCCAAGAAAUGAGUGCUUUAGCUAAAGAUGUAAUUCAGCGUCUUUUGAUGAAAGAUCCCAAGAAAAGGCUGGGCUGUGGUCCAGGUGGUGCUGAUGAAAUCAGACAACAUCCCUUCUUUCAGAAAAUAAACUGGGACGAUUUAGCUGCCAAAAAAAUACCAGCUCCGUUUAAACCAGUAAUCCGGGAUGAGUUGGAUGUUAGUAAUUUUGCAGAGGAGUUUACGGAAAUGGAUCCCACAUACUCUCCUGCAGCCACACCACAGACUUCAGAGAAAAUAUUUCAGGGAUAUUCUUUUGUUGCUCCUUCUAUCUUGUUUAAACGCAAUGCAGCCACAGUAGAUCCUGUUCAAUUUCAUACGGGAUUUGAAAGACCUGGAGUUACAACUAUUGCCAGAAGUGCUAUGACGAAGGACUCUCCAUUUUAUCAUCACUAUGAACUGGAUCUGAAAGAGAAACCACUGGGAGAAGGAAGUUUUUCCAUCUGUCGAAAGUGUUUACACAAGAAAACUAGCCAAGAAUAUGCAGUAAAAAUAAUUAGCAAAAGAAUGGAAGCCAACACCCAGAGGGAAAUAACAGCUUUGAAACUCUGUGAAGGACACCCCAAUGUAGUGAAAUUGCAUGAAGUUUAUCAUGAUCAGCUUCACACAUUUCUAGUAAUGGAACUGCUGAAGGGAGGAGAAUUGCUUGAACGCAUUCAGAAAAAGAAACAUUUCAGUGAGACAGAAGCCAGUUAUAUCAUGCGCAAACUUGUUUCAGCUGUGAGCCACAUGCAUGAUGUAGGAGUCGUCCAUAGAGAUCUGAAACCUGAGAUUGUAACCAGUGAUGUUAACAUUCCAGUAAAGGGAAGCAUCCACCCAGAGAAUUUAUUGUUCACAGAUGAAAGUGAUAAUUCAGAAAUAAAAAUAAUUGAUUUUGGAUUUGCUCGGUUAAAACCACCUGAUAAUCAGCCUCUUAAGACUCCAUGUUUUACUCUUCAUUAUGCUGCUCCAGAGCUCUUGAAUCACAAUGGUUAUGAUGAAUCCUGUGAUCUCUGGAGUUUGGGGGUUAUUUUGUAUACAAUGCUGUCAGGACAGGUACCCUUCCAGUCUCAAGACAAAGGUUUAACAUGCAUCAGUGGACUGGAAAUUAUGAAGAAAAUUAAAAAAGGAGAAUUCUCCUUUGAAAGAGAAGCCUGGAAGAAUGUAUCUCAAGAAGCCAAAGAUUUGAUACAAGGACUUCUUACAGUGGAUCCAAAUAAAAGAAUUAAAAUGUCCAGCUUGAGAUACAGUGAAUGGCUUCAAGAUGGGAGCCAGCUGUCAUCCAAUCCUCUAAUGACUCCUGAUAACUUAGGCUCUUCAGGAGCUGCUGUACAUACAUAUGUCAAAGCAACCUUUCAUGCAUUUAACAAGUACAAAAGGGAAGGAUUUUGCCUCCAGAAUGUUGACAAGGCACCUCUUGCUAAAAGAAGGAAGAUGAAAAAGACAAGUACAAGCACAGAGACACGUAGCAGUUCCAGUGAAAGUUCACAUUCUUCCUCCUCUCAUUCUCAUGGUAAAACUACACCAACAAAAACCCUGCAGCCAACAAAUCCUGCAGAGAGCAAUAACCCAGAAACCAUAUUCCAGUUCUCUGAUUGAAAAGCAGAGAAAUAUCCUCUCUUGAACAAUUAAGAGGUGAUAAGUCUGGUAGUACUUGUCCCUCCUUGGAACAGAGGGAUUACAGGGAUAUGUUCAUUGCUUUGAACAACUUGUUUCAGUUCUGCCUUUUUAGCUUUUUGUUUCAAGACAUUUGGUUUUAGUCUUAGUUCAGAAUCAUUGGAUGUGGUAUAAUAUUGUGAAUACAACCAACAUUGAACUCUCUUAGGGCUGGAUUGGUAUGCAGUCUAGUCCUGAGUAAGGGGUAAUCACAUUGUUGUUUUGUCCCUGGAAGAAGAGUGUUACUGAGAGGCAUAAUCUCCUUUCAGUUUCCCCACUGUUCCAGGGAGGGAAUAUGCUGUAAAAGUCAAUGUGUACUCCCUGAAAUGCUGUGUAACUAGGCAUGUUGUGUGGAGCAGAGUCAAGAGUCCUCCUGCCCAUCUGCAUAAGGAGGGUCAUAGCAGCUCUGGUUCCCUCCGCACACAAGUAAUGGCAGUACAGUGCACUAAAGCAAGAGGCCAUCUUACAUCACUUCUAACCAGGGCCGGCGCUUCCAUUUAGGCGACCUAGGCGGUUGCCUAGGGCAUCAGGAUUUGGGAGGGCGGCAUUUUGCCGACCUUGGCAGCAAUUCGGUGGCGGGAGGUCCUUCCGCGCUCUGGGUCAGCGGUGGCAAUUCUGCGACGGGUCCUUCACUCGCUCUGGGACCCGCUGCCGAAGUUCCCUGAAGACCAAGAGCGCGGAAGGACACCCCCCCCCCCGCCGCAGAAUUGCUGCCAAUGACCGGGAGCACGGAAGGACCCCCGCCUAGGGCGCCAAAAACCCUGGUGCCGCUCCUGCUUCUAACUCCCUUGUGUUGGUGCAUAGGAUGGGCUGGAACCUGGACCUUAUUUUGGAAUUUAAGAACAGAGAUGAACAUAAAAGGAGUACCAUUAUGCUGUUUUACAAAUUUAUUCCUUAAAUUUGGUUUUACGCUACUCAGAAUAUAACAGUCUUAUAUUAUCUAGAUCAGGGGUAGGCAACCUAUGGCACAGGUGCCGAAGGCGGCAUGCGAGCUGAUUUUCAGUGGCACUCACACUGCCCAGGUCCUGACCACCAGUCCAGGGUGCUCUGCAUUUUAAUUUAAUUUUAAAUGAAGCUUCUUAAACAUUUUUAAAACCUUAUUUACUUUACAUACAACAAUAGUUUAGUUAUAUAUUAUAGAAAGAGACCUUCUAAAAAUGUUAAAAUGUAUUACUGGCACGCAGAACCUUAAGUUAGAGUGAAUAAAUGAAAACUCAUCACAGCACUUCUGAAAGGUUGCCGACCCCUGAUCUAGAUGCAAAAGGAAUCUAUGGCUAGCAAGAUGAGGUGACUUUGCACUGUAAUGCUAUUGUUUAUUUAUAUUUCUAGAAAAUAUAAUUUUUUAAAAAACUUUUCAAGCUCCAAAACUCAUUUGAAGAAAAGAAGUUGAAAUUUAGUACUGAACAUUUUUUUAAAAAUGGUCAUGUGUUCAAAUAUCUAUUUCAAGGAACAGCUAUAAUGUAUUGUGUUUAUCUUUUAUAUUUAUAUGAUAACUUGAAGAUACCAAGAUGAAUCUUUUUUUUAAAAGAUGCAGAAACUCCAAAUUCCAUUUUUGUUAUCAUGGGGUCCAUAUUGAAUGCAUGCCAACCGAUGUUUUUAAUUUUUGCAUUGCACAAACAUGGCAGUUAGCUCAAUACUGAUUGUAAAAUAUUCAAAUAUAUUUUUCUUAUUUGUGCUUUAUAAAACAUCUGAAUGAUUUUGAUGUUUUCUCAUGGAGUGUAUUUGGGAUCCCACAAGGUGUUGCAUGCCGCUCUGAGAUGCUGAGUGUCCUUAAGUCUCACUGAUUUCAGUGGGAGUUGUGGGCUCUUAGCAUCUUUGGAGGAGUGCUCAGCACCUGGCAGGAAUGAAACUCUGUAUCUUUGCCAUUAUUUUUUUUAUUCCUUAUAUUACAUUUCCUUCCUCACAUCUUGCUUCUAUCUUGUACAUAAUAAAUAACUAGACUUGGGCA